UUACGCACAUAAACAAUUAUACAAGCUCUAAAAAGUAUUAGUAUUGAAGUAAGAACAUCACAACUGUUCCAUGAUCAUAUAAACUAAUAUAUUGUGUAGCCAAAGUUGAGAAAUAGCAAGUGUACAGAGUACACAGGAUAAGACUAUACAACUUUAAAAGUAAAUUAAGUAGAAAUUUACGCCAAAAUGGGACUGCAUAUAUUUUGGCCCGCCACCACUUGUUUAACCCUUUUUGUCGUUUGCAUUAUAAUAGUCUUAUUAAAAUAUGGUUCGCGCAUUUGUAAGCUGCGGCACACACCGUUGCCGUCAGACCAGGAAUGGGAAGAAAAAGCCUAUUCACGAAAGCUUUCAGUCUCUAUGGCGUAAAACUAUGUAGAUAUUACCAUAUGUUUUCACAUGACAUUAGAUCUGAUUCACAUUAGCUAAAAAUUUGGACCAUAUCAAAACUUAUCUUAACGUCCAGGAACAUGUUUAUCUUCAGA